AUGAACCCGCCCAACCCACCGAACGACGAAUCUAGCGCUGGCAAUGGCGCGCCAACUGCGAUCGGCGGCGCAGCCACUACGUCCGCACCUCCGCAUCCACAUGCAGAACCGCAGUCGACAGCACCCACUGCAUGGUCGUCGCAAAUGUCUACCUUUUCUACGACCAGCAGCGCCGCUGGAGGCCCAAACUUCGGCCAGUACUCGGCAUCUACGGCAGCGAUUCUCGAACGCAUCCAAGGGAAGAACGGCCAUGCCGCCGGCAGUGCUGCCUUUGAGGCGAAGCGGGCAGAGAUCUUGCAGAGUUACGUGACUAGCGACAAACUGCCGACGCCCCCGCCAGCAGCGAGUACGGGGCGUAGAGGAAGAGGGGGACGAGUUAGCACAGCAAGUGGACUGAAGACGGAAGUCGGCGCAUCACCGUCGGGCCCUUCCUCUGGUCGCGGCUCUGGUAGAGGGCGAGGAAGGGGACGCGGUCGCGGUCGCGGAGGACGUGGAGGCAGAGGCGGCAAGCGGAAGCGAUCUGAGAGCGACGAGGAGAGCAAUAACGACAACGACGACUCGGACGUCUCAGACUCGUACACCCCACUACCCACGCAAACAAAGUCCGGCCGAAGCGUCAACAAGCCCGUCACAUUCGUACCCGUCAUUCCAGAGCCAGCCAAGGGGGUGAAGCGGAGGAAGUCUACCAAGACCCUACUUGCUGCGAAAUGCAAGACCUGUCACAGAGAGACCGACCCGUCGAACAACCGGAUAGUAUUUUGUGAUGCGUGUAGUACCGCGUAUCACCAAUACUGCCACAACCCGCCCAUUGACAACGAGGUCGUCACAGUGCUGGAGAAGGAGUGGCUGUGUGGUCCAUGUAUACGGGCCAAGCAGUCUGUCGUAGACGGCGCACAGGAUCUGGUCGCUGCGGAGGACCUGACUAUAGAUGAGAAACGCGCAUACUUCAAUACCCUCCCACAAAACCAGCUAGUUGGCCUCCUCCUGACUGCUACGAUCCGACAUCCAGAACUACCCAUAUUUCCUCCGAACGUAAAGAGCCUGAUACCCGAGACCUCAGCCAUCAAGUCAGAAACGCCGCAACAACAGCCCUUAUCCACUCAACACUACACCAGCUACCAACCCCCACCAUCUUUUAAUCUUGGUCAGAUAUCCUCGACUCCAAACGGCCGCACAACCACAAGCCACACACCGCAGUUCUCAUCACAUUCUCAUUCCGAGAUGGACGCUGCAGAAGCACAACUUCUCGGCGAGAGCAGCCACCAGCCGCGCACAACGAUAGAUCUGGCAGGCAACCAGUACGAAGAAGACGACGGCUACGACACCGACCCACCCGCACACUACCCCAAAGCUGGCAACGGUCUCGCACGAACACUACGGCCAGAGAGCGAAGAUCUUAAUUGGCUUGUCGACGACAACUUUGAGGUGUUCAGCCAUAGUUACCAGGGAGACGGGACAGGGCUAGGCGCUGAUGGCACACUGGAUGCAUCUGCUAAGGAAACCGGUGACGAUGAGCUGUCAGAUAUGGAUAGCGAGGACGUGGAGCGCUUGGUCGCUUUCACCAAGGGCAAAGAGCAACCUUCACUAAGGGACCUCUUGACGCAGCGAAAGUGA